AUGACUUGGCCUGAAGAGAGUGAAAGGUCGCUGACUCGGAUCUGCUUCUUAUCUGGUUUGACAGGGGAAUACAUGAUGAUACUCACUGAUGUAUUUCCAAAACCUGGUGAAUCAAAUGCACAGUUAGAACCAUCUGUGUUCGCAGCUAUUGUUCCCAACAGCGCUGAUGAACCCAUCUUAAAAUUGAUGAAAGUAAUCAUGUCAGAUAGUGAGUUGCUGACUGGAAGCGGUUCUAGGCUUCUAGCUGAAAGUCUCGAGUGA